AUGGGAAUCUGCUUUUCUAAGCCUACGGCAGCGGAGCGUAAGAUUUACAGCGGCGCCGACGCCAAACCUGCCGGUGUCACCCCAGUUCAUAGUCAUGCAAGGUCAAUCAAGAACCCUAAUCCCACCACCACCAAUAUUGUUCAGCACCGUGAGUCGCCGCCUAACGGAGGCGGAAACGGCAGAGGUGUUCGGACAAGUGGGCGUAUUAUUACUCCAAAAUUGAAAAUGUUCACCUUGGCAGAACUGGAAAGUGCUACAAGAAAUUUCAGAGCUGAUAGUUUGUUGGGAGAAGGAGGUUUUGGAAGGGUUUUUAAAGGUUGGAUUGAUGAGAAAACUUAUUCACCUUCAAAAUUUGGUGUGGGAAUGCCUGUUGCUGUCAAGAAAUCAAAUCCACAUAGUGAUCAAGGACUAAAUGAAUGGCAGGCGGAGGUUAAUUUUUUGGGAAAAUUUUGCCAUCCUAAUCUUGUUAAACUAUUAGGUUACUGUUGGGAGGAGACACAAUUUCUUUUGGUUUAUGAAUACAUGGAGAAGGGAAGUUUAGAAAGUCAACUUUUCAGAAAGGAUGCAGCAGAACCUUUGCCUUGGGAGACAAGGAUUAAAAUAGCAAUAGGAGCAGCCAAAGGACUUGCAUUUUUGCACACAACUGAGAAGAAAGUUAUAUUUCGAGAUUUUAAGGCCUCCAACAUAUUGCUUGAUGGGGACUUCAAUGCGAAGCUUUCGGAUUUUGGAUUGGCUAAGUUAGGUCCGACGAACGGUAAAUCGCACGUUACAACACGAAUUAUUGGCACAUAUGGAUACGCAGCUCCUGAGUACAUGGCUACAGGUUAUUUGUACGUGAAGAGUGAUGUGUAUGGAUUUGGUGUGGUUUUAUUGGAGAUAAUAACGGGCAUGAAAGUUUUAGAUAUGAAUAGGCCCAAUGGAAAAAACAACUUGGUGGAUUGGGCUAGGCCUUUCCUACCAAAUAAAAAGAAGCUGAAAAAAAUGAUGGAUCCAAGGCUGCAGAACCAAUACCCUUCAAAAGCUGCAUUUCAAAUAGCAGAACUCAUACUUAGGUGUCUCGAGCCUGACCAGAAAUACAGGCCCGAAAUGGAAGAAGUUUUGAAGAGUUUGGAACAAAUUAAUACCAUCAAAAUGAAAUUGAAAGAGUUUAGACACAGAGAGCAGCACGCGACUGAUCAUCACCGGUCGCCUCAUUUGACUUACCGGUGGCAAAAUGUGGAAACUUGA